CUUUAGGUAAGUACCAGUCAAGUUAAUUCCUCGCCCAUUUCUUUUUUUUCCACCAACAGUUUCCAGUACCAAAUGCCGCAACUUAAUCAAUAAUACAUAUAUGACCCUUUUCCGGCGUCGUGGAAACACCAAUCUAUCUGUUUUCCGUUGUCUUACUCCCGACACGUGUUCUGGGCACAUCGGCACAACCCUGCGAGAGCACAACCCUGCGAGACGUUUGUGGCCAACCUUUUACAAAUACGUUAACGUAACCGCUGUGAACAAAAGCGCGGCAAAACCACAACGGUCCAGUCGUUUUCCGAUAUACAUAGUCCUUGACUCACUCAUCCCACUCACUUUACAUAGGUACACACCGAGAAGACAAGUCAAGGAGUUGGGGGCUGUCUCGGUCAGUCCUUGCGCGGUACCUACCAGCAUAGGCAAUCGAAAUUUCCACCAAAUUCAAUUGUCAGCAUUGGACGUUGUCUUGAUAGGAAUACGAACACGGCCCGUGAUCGUUCGCGCAUUAAUCCCUGUCCUCUGCUCUUCCCUGUCUCUUGCGCUUGUUAGCUGCAAAUUUUUUUUUUCUCUUCCUCUCUCACUCUCUCUUCACACUGACGAGAGUUCCGAUUAAGUUGACGUGUCACCGCGCGACAAGUUCCUGCAACUGGCCAUGUGGACUCAUCAAACUGCUCGGUUUGUUUAACGGUAGUAGGAGGACCACAGAAGAUAUUUGUCCCACAAAGAGCGCUGGCAUCUUUCCAAGUGGACGAUUCGGCCUUGGGGUAAAGUCAUGCGUCCCCUGUUCCCCUGCCCAGUGCCAAUCCCAUCUACUGACUUGACAAGCCGGC